AUGGCCAAUAGGGUCGAGUUCUCGCAGUGCCUAGUCGGAAAAUUUGACGGGAAGGGCAAAUUUCAACAUUGGAGAGCCCAGAUGGAGCUUUUCUUUAAGGAGGCUUGGGAUUGUCUCAUCAUCAAUUGCUAUGUGGGACAAGAUAAGGUGAAAAAGGUUCAGCUCCAGACUUUACGGCGGCAAUUUGAGCUUCUUCAGAUGGAGAAAAGGGAGAGCAACUCUGAUUACUUCUCACGCACCUUGGCGAUUGUCAAUCAGAUGAAAGCCAAUGGUGAGGUUUUAUCAAAUCUACAAGUUGUGGAGAAAAUUCUUCGAACUUUGACAGAUCGGUUCGAAGGCAAAGUCACAGCGAUAGAAGAGUCAAGAGAUCUGGCAGCAGUGACGGUUGAUGAGUUUAUGGGUUCUCUACAAGCCUAUAAGCAUAGGCUAAAUGAGAAGUCAGAGGUUGCAAUUGAAGAAGCGUUGGAGACUCGGUUGAGUUUGAAGAAAGAGAGAAACUUGGCGCACUGCAGUGAAGGAAGUUCCCGCUGUGAGGGAGGCUACCGUCGUGACGUAAGAAACCAGAAUUCAAGUUACAGAAGAGGAUCAAAUCAUCGGUUUGGAGCAAAAAGAGGAAGAGGCUACAAUUGGAGUCAACCACGUGAUAAGUCGAGGAUACAGUGCUUUAAUUGCAAGGAGUAUGGCCAUUACAAAACAGAGUGCAAUCAGAGAAGGAGGUUCGAGGGUCAGGAGUUCCAUGCCAAGAUUGCAGAGAAUGAUGUUGACAAUGAAGAGAAUCUGUUGCUGGCUUUCAACGCGAUGAAUGGUCGAGAGAAGACAAAGUGGUUCUUGGAUACAAGGUGCAGCAACCAUAUGUGUGGCCAUAAGGACUUAUUUGCUGAACAGAAUGAGUCCAUAACAUCAGAGAUCACAUUUGGCAAUGCAGCAAAGAUGCCGGUGAAAGGAAAAGGCAAAAUCUCUAUCAAGUUGAAGAAGGGGGAGAACAAUAGCAUCUCUGAUGUGUAUUAUGUACCUAGUCUUCGCCACAAUUUGCUAAGUGUAAGGCAGCUCUCUGAGAAGGGAUAUGAUAUGAGGAUCUACAGAUGA